AUGGCACGCACCAAGCACACGGCACGCAAGACGACCAGCGCGACGAAGGCGCCGCGCAAGACGAUCGCGCGCAAGGCCGCACGCAAGACGGCGUCCUCGACGAGCGGGAUCAAGAAGACCGGCCGCAAGAAGCAGGGCAUGGUCGCGGUCAAGGAGAUCAAGAAGUACCAGAAGUCCACAGACCUGCUCAUCCGGAAGCUGCCCUUCUCGAAGCUCGUCCGUGACAUCGUCACCUCCGGGCUCUCCAAGUCCGACAUCCGCUUCCAGGGCGCGGCGGUGGAGGCCCUCCAGGAGUCUGCGGAGAACUACAUCAUCUCGCUCUUCGUCGACACGCAGCUCUGCGCCGAGCACGCCAAGCGCGUCACGAUCAUGAAGCCCGACAUGGAGCUUGCGACCCGGAUCGGCAAGCGGAUCGAGCCCGAGUACAGGAAGGGCAAGUAA